UCCGCCCGCCCGCCCUCCCCGACCCGGCCCGCCCCCUCCCCCACCCCCGCUCCUGGACCCGCCAGUGGGGUCUGGAUCCCACUGUGCCGUCGCCGCCUCCUUUUUCGACGCCUUCACGGCCACCAGAAGAGGCGACCUGGUCGGGAGUUCCGCCGCCGCUGCCAGAAUGGAUAGAAUGACAGAAGAUGCUCUUCGUCUGAAUCUUUUGAAGAGGAGUUUGGACCCAGCAGAUGAGCGAGAUGAUGUCCUGGCAAAACGACUGAAAAUGGAGGGGCAUGAGGCCAUGGAACGGCUGAAAAUGUUGGCACUGCUCAAAAGGAAAGAUUUGGCAAAUCUUGAGGUGCCGCAUGAGUUACCUACCAAACAAGAUGGCAGUGGUGUCAAGAGUUAUGAAGAGAAACUUAAUGGAAAUCUCAGGCCUCAUGGAGACAACAGGACUGCUGGAAGGCCAGGCAAAGAAAACAUCAAUGAUGAACCUGUGGAUAUGAGUGCUCGACGGAGUGAACCAGACCGAGGAAGGCUAACUCCUUCCCCAGAUAUAAUUGUUUUGUCUGAUAAUGAGGCUUCCAGUCCCCGAUCCAGCUCCCGGAUGGAAGAGAGACUCAAAGCAGCCAACCUAGAGAUGUUUAAGGGGAAAGGCAUUGAGGAACGGCAGCAGCUUAUUAAGCAACUGAGGGAUGAGCUAAGAUUGGAAGAAGCUCGUCUGGUGCUGUUAAAGAAACUGAGACAGAGUCAGCUACAGAAAGAGAAUGUGGUCCAAAAGACUCCAGUUGUACAGAAUGCAGCAUCUAUUGUCCAGCCAUCUCCUGCACAUGUGGGACAACAAGGCUUAUCUAAACUUCCCUCCCGGCCUGGGGCUCAAGGGAUUGAACCUCAAAAUCUGAGAACAUUACAGGGUCACAGUGUCAUCCGUUCAGCAGCCAACACCACCCUUCCACACAUGUUGAUGUCUCAACGUGUUAUUGCACCAAAUCCAGCCCAACUUCAGGGCCAGCGGGGGCCACCGAAACCUGGCAUUGUACGCACCACAACACCUAACAUGAAUCCUGCCAUCAGUUACCAACCACAGUCAAGUUCUUCUGUUCCCUGUCAGCGCACAACGUCGUCUGCCAUCUAUAUGAACCUCGCCUCCCAUAUUCAGCCAGGGACUGUGAACAGAGUGUCCUCACCACUUCCUAGCCCCAGUGCCAUGAGCGAUGCUGCCAACUCACAGGCUGCAGCCAAAUUGGCUCUUCGAAAACAGCUGGAAAAGACGCUCCUGGAGAUACCACCACCAAAACCUCCCGCUCCCUUACUUCACUUCCUGCCUAGUGCAGCCAAUAGCGAGUUUAUCUACAUGGUAGGCUUGGAAGAAGUCGUACAGAGUGUCAUUGACAGCCAAGGCAAAAACUGUGCCUCACUUCUGAGGGUCGAACCCUUUGUAUGUGCCCAGUGCCGCACAGAUUUCACCCCUCAUUGGAAGCAAGAAAAGAAUGGUAAGAUCCUCUGUGAGCAGUGUAUGACUUCCAACCAGAAAAAGGCUCUAAAAGCUGAACACACUAACCGGCUGAAAAACGCUUUCGUUAAAGCUCUACAGCAGGAACAGGAAAUUGAGCAGCGGUUACAGCAGCAGGCAGCACUGUCCCCAACUACAGCUCCAGCUGUGUCCAGUGUCAGUAAACAGGAGACCAUCAUGAGACAUCAUACACUUCGGCAGGCUCCACAGCCCCAGAGUAGCCUCCAGCGUGGUAUACCCACAUCUGCCCGCUCCAUGCUUUCAAACUUCGCACAGGCACCCCAGUUGUCUGUGCCAGGUGGCCUCCUUGGCAUGCCAGGUGUCAACAUUGCAUACUUGAACACUGGCAUCGGAGGACAUAAAGCCCCAAGCUUGGCAGACCGGCAGCGUGAAUACCUUCUAGACAUGAUCCCUCCCAGGUCUAUAUCUCAGUCCAUCAGUGGGCAGAAAUAACGCCUGUUCCACUCGUGCUGCCCAUCCUUGAACCCUUUCCCCAUUUCUCCCACUGCCCCCACUUCCGUCGCAUGCAGUGCCUGUGCUGGUGCCUACCAUACACGGAAAGCAAAACCGAAAAAAAAACAGAAGACAGAAAUAGACAUCAACAAGAAAACACAUGCCCCGCCCUGCCACCUCCCCUUGAUUUCACACUGCUGCGAUCUGUUCUCCUGCUGCUCUGUCUUCUCUCUUUGAUUUCCUUUAACAGUGAGGUGGGAUCUUUGCCUCUGAUAGAGGUCAGAAUGAGGUCCUGGGGAGAAUUUAAGCCCUUUGAUGUGUGUUUCUAAAGUUUGUUUUAUGCUAUAAUUAUUAUCAUUUUUAAUUAUAUUGUGUGUUUUCCCUUUGUUCUGUAGACGGUUAACCCCAUCUUCUGUUUUCUUUAUGUCCCUACCUCCCUCUGCUAACCCUCCUCCUUUUUUUUAAAAAGUAUAUAUAUAUAUAUAAAUGAUAUACAA